AGACUCUCCUCCCCAGCCUGGGUUUGCAGCUGUCAGUUCUGAAAGUCUGAGAUCAGUGACAAUUUCUUCCUGGGUCUGAACUUUACAAAGCCCACAAAGCAGCUCGUUUGUGGAACCUUGUUUACCAUCCAGGAGGGCACCAAACCAGGAGAAUGGUGCUAAUUACUGACGUACCCAGUGACCUGACAGCUGAAGAGCGUCAGGAAUUGGAGCACAUUCAGCGUCGGAAGCAGGAACUGCUAGCGGACAUACAGCGGCUGAAGGAUGAGAUAGCAGAAGUUACGAAUGAAAUUGAGAACUUGGGUUCCACCGAGGAGAGGAAGAACAUGCAAAAGAACAAACAGGUAGCAAUGGGAAGGAAGAAAUUCAACAUGGACCCUAAAAAGGGCAUCCAGUUCCUGAUAGAGAACGAGCUGUUAAAACAUACAUGUGAAGACAUUGCACAGUUCCUGUACAAGGGCGAAGGACUGAAUAAGACUGCUAUUGGGGACUACUUGGGGGAAAGAGAUGACUUCAACAUCCAAGUCCUUCAUGCAUUUGUGGAACUUCAUGAGUUUAUGGACCUUAACUUGGUACAGGCUCUCCGGCAGUUUUUGUGGAGUUUCCGUUUACCGGGGGAAGCUCAAAAAAUCGAUCGAAUGAUGGAGGCGUUCGCACAGCGCUACUGCCAGUGCAACCCAGGAGUUUUUCAAUCUACAGACACUUGCUAUGUCCUCUCCUUUGCCAUCAUAAUGCUGAACACCAGCCUGCACAAUCCCAACGUCAAAGACAAACCAGGCGUGGACCGAUUUAUUGCCAUGAACCGCGGAAUCAACGAUGGAGGUGACCUGCCGGAGGAUCUUCUGAGGAACCUGUAUGACAGUAUAAAGAACGAACCCUUUAAAAUUCCAGAGGAUGAUGGAAACGACUUAACACACACCUUCUUCAACCCUGACAGAGAGGGCUGGCUCCUGAAACUGGGAGGUGGUCGUGUUAAAACCUGGAAAAGGCGCUGGUUCAUCCUGACAGACAACUGUCUGUACUACUUUGAGUACACAACGGAUAAAGAGCCACGAGGGAUAAUUCCUUUAGAAAAUCUCAGCAUCCGAGAAGUGGACGACUCAAAGAAGACUAACUGCUUUGAGCUGUAUAUUCCGGAUAACAAGGACCAAGUCAUCAAGGCGUGCAAGACUGAGGCUGAUGGACGUGUAGUGGAGGGAAACCACACAGUGUAUCGGAUCUCUGCCCCCACACCCGAAGAGAAGGACGAGUGGAUGAAGUGUAUAAAGGCUGCCAUCAGCAGGGAUCCGUUCUAUGAGAUGUUGGCUGCGCGAAAAAAGAAAGUGUCUUCAACCAAGCGACAUUAGGACCAUGUUAGCUGGUGGUGCUCCUCCGCAGACCGUGCCUCUUCCACCUGUUCGUGUGAUUGACUCUUAGCUCUUUCAGCACUGUAAUAAUGACGUUGGCCCAUGGAGCUACAGCCAGAGUGGAAAUCUUCUCGUUCCACUCUUCCCUCUGCCUUACGUGGGCCCCUAGUGCAGCGAUAGAUGUACUGGAUCCCUAUACUGUCACAUUCCAUUUACUGUUACAACCUGGAGGCCACUAUUACUAUAGUCUGGGGGCCACUAUUACGUGUAUACCGCGGCAGACAAACCAUAUUUCUGCCAGGUUCCCUUCCUUUAAUCUGAGUCUAUUAAGUAGGGAGAACAGCCAUGUGUCUCAGUCCAAAGUGUACCUUCCGGAUAUUCAGAGAUCUUCCCAGGGUCCAAGAGAUAUCCCAGAAUUUUCUCCAUGUCCUGGAUAGUACCUGGAGAACUCAUUGAGUGCCAGCAAUAGUAGGUGUUCCUAAAGUCAUAGGUCAGGCCCAUUCAAAAUGGAAGGAAUUAGUACGUUGAGAAUCUUCUAACCAUUGCUGCUUAGAGGACCUUGUGCUGCUCCUGUUGCCUCUGAAGAUAUAGACUGCUGAAAGGGGUUAAAAAGGAACCGUUUAUUUACCAAAAUACGGGCUUGUUCCUUCCCCUAGGUGCGGGUUAGUCUUGGUGUACGUUAACCAGCAGAGCAGAGAGCAGGAGGGACCUCUUAACGGUGCAUAAAUAAAGCCAUUGUCUAGGUCUUUUUCUAACGGAAGUAAAUAUUUUUGCUUUUUUUAAUGUAAAAUAUUUCCUUUUUAGUCCGAUUUCUUGGUACUUGCUCUUAUACGAGGGCCUGUGCAGUGAAACAGUGUUACCUUAUCCUAUUUAUAAAAAAAUAAUGUAAAUAAUAUCUUUUUUUUCUUUUUUCUUUUUUUUGGGGCUUUGCUUUAUAUUUGUUGUUUAUAUCUUUCUUUAUUUGUUCCAAAGAAUUUAUUCCUGCAACGGGGAAAUCCCCACAAAAUGCACGUGACACAAUUAAAUCUUAUGUUAAUUUAUCAUUCUUAAUUCUUUGUUUCGCUACAGCCCGGCAGAUUAACGCACUGCUUACUGUAGCUAAUAAAUGCUAAACAUUG